UAGAUAACAAUUGCACUGAUGGCUCUGGAUUCGUGUCUGAUUUCAUGUUGAAGGAACCAUGAGAGAAGAAAAUGAGUCUUCUACCACAGAUUUCACUCUCCUGGGAGUCACCAGGCAGCAGGAGCAGGAAUAUUUCUUCUUCAUCCUCUUCCUGUUCAUUCAACCCAUCACAGUGGUUGGAAACACGCUCAUCAUCCUGGCCAUUCACUCUGACAUUCGCCUUCAUAACCCCGUGUGCUUUUUCCUUGCCAACCUCUCCCUUGUUGACAUCUUCUUCUCCUCUGUAACUGUCCCCAAGAUGUCGGCCAACCAUCUCCUGGGUAGCAACACCAUCUCCUUUGGGGGAUGUCUGGCACAAAUGUAUUUCAUGGUAGCCUUGGCAAACACAGACAGCUAUACACUAGCUGCAAUGGCUUACGACCGAGCUGUGGCCAUCAGCCGCCCCCUUCAUUAUGCAACAGUUAUGAGUCCAUGGGCUUGUGUCCUGCUGGUUGCUGGGUCCUGGGUGAUUGGAAAUGCCAAUGCACUGCCCCACACCCUGCUCACAGCUAGAUUGUCCUUCUGUGGCAAUAAGGAUGUGGCCAACUUCUACUGUGACGUUACCCCUUUGCUCCAGCUGUCCUGUUCUGACAUCCGCUUCAAUGUGAAGAUGAUGUACCUCGGGGUGGGGGUUUUCUCUGUGCCACUGCUGUGCAUCAUCAUCUCCUAUGCCCGGGUCUUUUCCACAGUCUUGCUGGCUCCUUCCACCAAGAGCUCCCUCAAGGCCUUGUCCACCUGUGGCUCUCACCUGACAGUGGUGUCUUUGUAUUAUGGGACAGUCAUGGGCAUGUAUUUCCAGCCCCUGACGAGUUACAGUCUGAAGCAUGCAUUGAUAACUGUGAUGUACACAGCAGUGACCCCAAUGCUGAACCCUUUCAUCUACAGCCUGAGGAACCAGGACAUGAAGGCUGCUCUGAGAAAGCUCUUCCACCGCACCUCCUCAUCAUCACCCAUGUGAGAGCACACACUGUAGAGAUUUUGGUCCCCAGUCAGAAGCACUAGAAAAUCCAGCUUCAAUGGCACCCUGCCAG